AUGGCUCAGGGUGGUACGGGGUGGCACAGGGCGGCACAGGGUGCCCAGCUUCCAAAAAACAACCAACCUUUACCAUCCAUCACCUCUCUCCCCAUCCCCCCCACCACACCCCCCUCUCCUCAUCCCCCUCUCCCCAUCCCCCUUCCUCACCUCCCUCUCUUUCCAACCCCCUCUCUCCUCACUCACCUCUAUUCUCACUCCCCUCUUUACUCGCCCCCCUCGCUACCCAGCCUCUCUUUUCCCAGCCUCCCCUUUCCCAGCCUCCCCUUUCCUCAACCCCUCUCACCCCACGGACCCUGUACGGCAAACACUCCUCCCCUCCCGUCUGCCUCCCUUAGCCGUCGCCUUCUCUUUCCCCUGCCCCUCGCCUUCUCUUCUCCCCCACCCUUGCCUUCGCUUCCCCUCCCCCUCACCUUAUCAUCCUCGUUGCUGCCGUUACCUUCUCUUCCCCCCGCUCCUCACCUGGUCGUCCCCAACAUCAAACAGCAGUUCCAACAGCAUUAA